UCCCAACACGGCGAUUCCCGCACUCACGUGUCAUCACGUCUACUCGCGCCAAUCGUCCAAACGCGUUCGCCCGCCAACCGUGCCCCAACCCAACCACCAUGCCGCCGCCUCUAGACCCCGUCUUCGAAUCGCACGUCCAAAAGAUCCACCAGAUCACGGGCAAGGCACUCAACGAAAUCCGCUGCGACCUGCGAUUUACCCAGAGCGCUGAGGCUACGACCAACAGGGUUUACGAUGGGACGUUCUUGGCCGGUACUGAGAGGGAUCCGACGAGGAUGACGGGUAUCCGGAAGGGAUUGUUCCUGCUGCGCCCAUCGACUUCGCCCGCUGCUGCCGCUGUGGGGCGGAUGGAUGAUCGGUGAGAUACCAGGUGCCAUGUUUCUCUUUUGCGUUGCCCACCAACUGCUGACGGCGACGGUCGUCAGCUUCAUGACCGAUCCAGGUGCAGCUGGGGGGCAGGGUUCAAGCUUCUCGCCGGCAGCUAGCGGCGCGAAGAACGAUCGCUUCAACACGUCGGAUCAUAAAAACCUUUACGCAGUCGACUCCUUCUCGUCCCUCCCAGCAAGAGGAAACGGCAUAAAACAUCCGCCCACAGACUCGAGUCCGACGCUCCCGAUCCGACCGACACCACCACCAUAUCCCUCGUCGGCGCCGCUACUUCCCAUACCACCGGCAAUCAAACCCUCGUCAUCUUCGGGGCCACUGUUCAAUCUCGAACUUCCAGGGAUGGAUCUAAACCCGAUAGAGUUUUCGUCUUCGGCGCCGCAACUACAGUCACGUCCGCGACAUCCCAUACGGCGACCGGCACAGCGACCGCCGCCACCGCCGCCAACGGGAGAAGUUAUCGAUCUCCUCUCCAGCGGGGACGAGCUCCCCUCAGUGAUCAUCCCCGCCAAACGGAAACCCAAGGAGAAGGAGCAAAUCAAAGCAGUUGAGCGUUCACCCGGCAACAAGAAACGGAAGAGUCAAGGUACUGCAGAACUACUGGAUCUCAGCAACAUCCAGGUUCUCGAUCUCUCGCAACCGGAUGUGACGCCGCGUAGUGGGUUGAUCCCGUCUAAGACGCCCGGAAGAAGCAGGGUACCACGAAUCGCUGUUGAGGCCAGGGACGAGAUAGUAGCUUCUUGUUCGUCUUCGCCACAGGCUGCAAAGAGCAUUGGGGGAGUUCCGGAUACCAGGGAGGAACCGGUCUACUUCAACAGUGACUUUGACGACAGCCUGUUGGGAAACUGGCGCUCACCCGUAUCGGCUCCCAAGAUGAAGGCCACAGCUACAGGAAACCCGGCUUUGUUGGUUCUUUCGGACUCUGAUGACUCCGACGACUUGGAUAUGCUUUUGGGGACAGCAGCACAAAAGUCUACUCGGACUCAGAAGACUACUACAAACUCUGUCCGUCCCUUCAGCGCAAAGACUUUGGAGAUUUUAGCAAAGUUCAAGUCUGUUCCUGACGACGACGACUCAGAUAAUGAAAACCCACCUUCAACAGAGAAAAGACAUCCCGUCAUCAAGCGAAAGACCACUACAAAGAAGGCAUCCGCUCCUACUUCCCGCGCUACAUCCGCUCCCGUCCCCGCUGCAGCUGCAUCAAAACGCGGAGGACUGUCCGAGGAGGAGAAAGCCCAUCGCGCCGCCGAGAAGGCCGCCGAAAAGGCCAAAAAAGAGGAGGCAGCACGAGCCAAAAAAGAAGCCAAAGAAGCAGCGGCAGCCGAAAAGCGUCGCGAGCAAGAACUUGCAUCGUUCAACAAGCUUCGAACAUCCAAGAAAGACUCCUCACCCGAAAUGAUCGUCGACAUCUCCACCGCCCUCGCCAGGGACGAUGUUGGAACAAGGCUGGUUGGGCUCUUGAAGGAUUUGGGUUCCGACCCUCGCCCUACGUGGCAACUUUCGGGAAUCGAGCGCGAUUGGAAGGUCGUCAAGUGGAGGCGCGAGGUCAAGGCGGAAUACAAUCCAGCUCUCUCCGUAUUCGUCCCGCUCCCACAGAAGGAAAUCAGAAACGAGAAGCACAUUCUCGUGCACCUCACAGCUAAGGAAUUCGUCGAGCUUGCCUACCCCGAGGACGCAGACGCUCUCCUGAAUCUAGACGCCCACGUCAAGAUCAUGAAGAAGCUCGUUCGCGGCCCCGACGUUCGAGUCAUCUACAUGAUCGACGGCCUCGUUGCCUACGCACGCAAGUCGAAGGCUACAAAGAACAAUAACUUCCGCGCACAGGUUCUCUCUGCUAUGGACGGCGCUCCAGCACCCGCCGCCCGUCGCGCCGCCCCCUCGGCCCGUAUCAUCGAUGAAGAGAUGCUCGAAGACGCGCUCCUCAAGCUGCAGGUCAAGCACUCCUGUCUGAUCCAGCAAACCGCGGGCUCCAUCGAAAGCGCAGAAUGGAUUUCAAUCCUCACGGGCGACAUAUCGACAAUCCCCUACAAGACCUCGCGCAUGGUCUUAGACACCAGCUUCUGCACCGACGUGGGACAGGUCAAGACCGGUGUCGAUACUAUGGAUACGUGGUCCAAGAUGCUGCAGGAGAUUCAUCGCGUCACCCCGGCUGUCGCCAAUGGAAUCACCGAUAGGUAUCCCGACGCCCGCAGCCUUAUCCGCGCCUUUGAGACGCUGGGCGAGGGCGCGGUGGCGGAUGUGCCGCUUAUGGCUACCCGUAAUGGCGCACCGAGUAAUCGCCCGGUGGGAAUGGCGUUGAGCAGAAGGAUUUGCACUGUCUUUGCGGGGAAGGACGAGGAUUGCUUGGAUGUGUGAGGGAGUAUCUGGGCGUUUGGUCUGCUUUAUUAGAUAGUAUGGUGGAAGAACUGGGAGUCUGGUGCCUGUAUUAUUGCUACUACUUUGAGUUCUUCUCUUGCUUGCUGCAUUUCUUUGCUUAUUCGCUGGGGAAUCGGGCGCGUAUGGUUAUUUGUGGGGAGUGAGAUUGAGUGAAGGUUGUUUAUGCUUGCUUAUUCCGGAGACAUCUGGCUGGUAUACACUUAUUAUCAUAAACGAUGGAGAUAACUAGAGGAGAGAGUGCGGACGGUCCAGAUUUGGCGAGUGAGAGGGGAGGUAUAUGAUGAGGAGUAAUACUAGUAAUUUCAACAGGC